AUGCUCUACACACUGGACACACGGGCAUGCGUGCAGGUCCUCAGCGUGCGCGAGGUGGCGGCCAACGGGGUCUUGGAGCUGGAGGGGGCGGACGCUCGCACGAUCAGGGUGCACAUGGAACGGUGUGCUCCCUGCCACUGGGCGGACAUUGAUGGACGAAUGGACCCACUUGCGGCGGUCCUGGCGGUCGACGUUGCCAGCACGCGGUGUUGGAAGGCGAGCGGAGCGGCCGCAUGUUGCUGUGUGACGGGCGUGCCGGGGGCUCUUGGGCCCCCGGAUGCUUUGUAG